GAGCUUGACAGGCGGGGUCUGACCAUCCAGCACCGCCACAACAGCCGGGGGAGGAUUUCCGAACCCGUCGUAGCGAAGAUGGUGGCAAACCCAGGCGUGUGGAUGUUCCGUUCGCCCGGAUAACAGUGCGGUGCCGCCGCCGUAAGACCUCCCCGGAGAGGACGGAGCUGGGAAAGCCAGCCUUCGCGAGAUAAAAGGCGGACGGAAGAGGAGACACGCGCAUGCCAGAAGACACUAUAAAACCUCCCCGAACCGGACCGCUGAUAAGAAGUCUUGCUUUUGGAUCUUUUUAACCAAGGAUAUACGCGUUUCUCUCUCUCUUUUUAAUAUUGUCUUCGCCCAGGAAGGGAAAGCAAAGGGAGGAAGCAAAGCUCCAAAUAACCACACUGGGUCUCCAAGCGCAGGAAAUACGGCCUGGGGAAAAAAAAAAAAAAAAAAAAAGUUUGGGAGCUUUUUUUUUUUUUUUUUUCCCCCAAACAAAAUGGGUGCUACGUUUGACGUUGUGCACGACUAGAAUGUAAAGUAGUUCAUUUUUUCCCCUCCCACCCCACUUCCACGCGUUGCUGGAAUGCGAGCGCCUUAUAGCGUAUUAAGUGUUGUCAUGUUAAAUGCGGCGUUGUGCAAAUACUUUUAAUCAUCACUAUUUAUAGCGCAGCCUCCACCCGGGCUCUGCCUCCUAUCUCGCAUGUUUUGCUAACUGCGCGCAACAAGUUGCAGACACUCCCCAGCCCAGGCAAAGCGACGCUAAUUUGAUAUUUUUUUAUUUUUUUUUGUUGAAGCUUCUCUUUUUUUAUUUUCCGAUUACGCUCUCGGAAUAGCACGCACCCCUCCCCGGUCCUCUUUGGACUGCGGAGGUGGGGAGGGGGGGGAUUCAACGCCAGAGAUCCGGAGAGGGACUUCAGGAAAGGACGGGGCUGGAUCCGUGGGAAUAGGCCUGUACGGGCUGGAUUCAGGUCUUGGACUACUAGACCCUGGAAGAUUUGUAGGCUGAAGGAGAAGAAGGCACAGACAUCCAAGUUGCAUGAGAAGGAAUGCACAAAGUGACCCAUCCACAUGAAUAUUUUAGUAGGUUGGAUUUAUAAUUGUUGAUAGAGCUGCCACAAUGUUGGUGUUUUCAAAAGUGCCAUUUGUUUAAGUUUUGCGCAGCAACUGUUGACAGCCCACACAUCUGGAUGUGCUCACGCAAUGCAGCCUUGGACCUGACCGCUGCUUGACACGUAAUGGACGACCGUACAAAUCUCUGGGUUUUCUUUGGCUGCCUGGUGUUGUGACGUCCGCGACAGGCCGUUUCCAGUUGUGUGACGUCUGGGGCGAGGAACCUGGCGUCACCAGCAAGUCACUUCCCAGAAGGAUGUUUGAUGCAGGCAGAGCAGUGACAUUAGUCUUGCUGGUGAGAAACUCGGGUUUGAAUCCAGAUGCUUUUUUUUGCAGAGUGAUGCAUGUAAUGUGAGUGGUGACGCAAAUCCAGAGUCUCAUCAUGAGCAGCUCACUAAACUGGAACGGUGUGUCUGGUGUGCGUGAGUGUUCCAGCUACCUCGUGCGUAACAAAGACGUCUGCGUCUCGGGCGCCGUACUAUCAGUGUGAUUGUUCCAGAAAACGCUCGGUUCCCAUCCAUCCACCGCGGUGGUGCCACAUGUGAACACGCGGCGCCCACGCACCACGUCUAAUUGCCCGAGCGCCAUCAGAAGCUAUUAAUAUUUAACUUCGCUCCCACACCCCUCCUCUGCGGCGUCAAUAUGGCCACGCUGCAAGAUCACCGGCAGCUUCUCAUGCACGGCACAGAGGUGAGCUGCAAUUCCAGCGGGGACGAUGCUGUGACUGUGCAGAUUGCCAACAGCAUGCGGCAUGAGCCGGCCAGGGCCGCCGCCGGCGUCGGGGGAGGGACUAAAGGCUGCGAGGAUGGGAGUAAAGUGAACCUUAACCUCCACAAAUACAGUAUUUCCUCCAGCUGCAGCUCUGCGGACUCCAGACUUGGUAUGACCUCCACAACAAGGGUCCACAGGAAGGCGCCACCACUUUUUGAGCGCUCCGCUGCACAGUGCUGGGACCCCAAGUUUGACUCCCCCAUCCUGGAGGAGGCGUGCCAGGAGAGGUGCUUUCCUCAGACUCAGCGGCGCUUUCGAUAUGUCCUGUUCUACCUGGCGGUGGCAGCUGUGCUUUGGGCAGUGUACUUUGGUGUCAAUAGUGACCGCUGCCAACCAAUGAUUUUCUUAGCCCCCACUGCCUUCUUUUUGGUCCUUUUAGCACUCCUCUUCUUGUUCACCUUAACCCGCUACUACUCACAGCUGUACAACCAAACCUCCUUGUUCCUGAUCGCGGUCACCUUCGCCAUCACGUUGGCCCCCCAAAUACAGACUGCAGGCUUCACUGAGUUGGAGUGGGCUCACCUUGUAAAUGCAUCCUACCCCUUUUCAGACGCACCCCCAUCGCCUUGCAUCUCCCCAGUGGCAACUUUUUCUCUCUGCAUUGAGGUCCUUUUAUUGUUAUACAGUGUCCUCCAUGUGCGUCUGUAUGCCUCAGUGAUGCUGGGCUUUUUAUACUCUAUAUUAUUUGAGGCAUUAGGGUGGCUACCGUUGCUUCACAGAAGCCAUGAUUCGACUGAAUGGGGGACAGAUUUGGGGAGCUCCAGCUGGGAAAGGGACACCCUCCACUGGCUCGGUCCAGCCAAAGCGCUGCUCCACUUGUGUGCCCACGUCAUCGGCAUCCACUUGUUCAUCAUGUCAGAGGUGCGUUCCCGCAGCACUUUCCUCAAAGUGGGGCAGGCCAUCAUGCAUGGCAAGGACUUGGAGGUAGAGAAGGCCCUGAAAGAGCGUAUGAUCCACUCGGUCAUGCCUCGACGUGUUGCAGACGAGCUAAUGAAGCAGGGUGACGACGAGGGCGUAGGGAGUGAGAACUGUAGCAAGCGAUAUUCUUCUGGUGCAUGUUCUGCCUCAGCUGUCUCUGUGGGCGGUGGAGGAGGUGUUUGUGGAUCUUCGCCAUCCCAAAGUGCCACCAGUCCCAAGAACCACCCUUACAACAACCACAAACGCAAGAAGACCUCCAUCCCGCGGGGCCAGAUAAUAUUUCGGCCUUUCAACAUGAAACGUAUGGAACCUGUUAGCAUCCUCUUUGCGGACAUUGUGGGCUUCACCAAAAUGUCAGCCAAUAAGUCAGCACCAGCCUUGGUCGGUCUUCUAAAUGAUCUCUUUGGACGCUUUGACCGUCUCUGUGAACUGACCUGUUGUGAGAAGAUCAGCACACUGGGUGAUUGUUAUUACUGUGUAGCAGGCUGCCCCGAGCCCAGACCGGACCAUGCCUACUGCUGCGUGGAAAUGGGUCUAGGCAUGAUUCAGGCCAUCGAACAGUUCUGCCAGGAGACAUGUGAGACCGUCAGCAUGCGCGUUGGUGUCCACACUGGCACCGUGCUGUGCGGUAUUCUAGGAAUGAAGCGCUUCAAGUUUGACGUUUGGUCAAAUGAUGUCAAUCUGGCCAACUUGAUGGAGCAGCUAGGGGUGGCGGGCAAGGUCCACCUGUCGGAAGCCACCGCUCAAUUCCUGGAUGACCGUUACCAGCGGGAGGAUGGACGAGUGCUGCAGAGAGCCGGCGAAAGUGUGGUGGAGAAGCUGAAGGGGUUAAAAACCUACCUGAUCUCAGGACGUAAAUGGGGACGCGACAUACAAUGUGGCUGUUCUCAACUGGGAGGUGACUUUGUAGGGAUGCCCUCCUGUACUCCGAGCCAUACCCCGGACAUCAUCCUUGGGGGAGGCCAAGCUGCUGAGCCUUUGCUGCCCAACCAACCACCAGAUAGGACUGGGCCUCCUUUUGCAUCGCGCACUGAGGUCACGGCUUCAGUGACAGAGCAGGGCGAUGAGAUGGCAGUGCUAAACGGCUGCCAGGAGGAGCACAAGACGAGCAGUGCCAAGUUCCUUCCCAGCAAUCCCCUCAGGAUGGCCAACGGUCUCCUCUCCCCGCCACUGGAGGACGCAGUGCGGGCAAGCCAGAGCUCUCUGUGCGACAUGCUUCAGGAGAAAGAGAAAAAGACGAGCACCAGCACAAUGACCGGCACCAGUAUGGGCAUGGCUGUUGGCACCGGACCAGCGGGUACUGGCAUGGAACACUCCGCCCUUAUUCAGUUGCGUGCAAAGAACUUUCGAGAAAAGAGCGACGCUCACUUUGUGGAUGUAAUCAGAGAGGACAGUCUGAUGAAGGAUUAUUUUUUCAAACCACCCAUCAACAAGAUCAGCCUCACCUUCUUAGAGAGACCUUUGGAAAAAGCCUAUCGCAGCAGCUACAAAGAUGAGGUGAAAAACCAGGUUCAGGAGCAGACCUUUGCAAGCUACACAUUCAGCUCCUUCCUUGACGUUCUGCUCAGCUGUUUUGUCUUCUUGGCCCUAACCCUGGCAUGUUUCCUUCCCCCACUGGUGAGCUCAGCCACUGUGGGCCAUCCAGCUUCUGCAGCACUGGCUGUGGCUCCUCUGGCUGGUCUGUUGGAGUUGGCCUCAUUGGUGCUCUCAAUACGUAUGGCCUUCUAUUUGGAGGAAGUAAUGAACUGUACCCGCUCUCUACUCCUGGUGGUUUCCGGCUGGGUGGCUCGUCAUGUGAUCGGGGCCGUGUUGGUCUCCUUACCAGCCAUCUCGGUCUUGUCCCACCUUACGUUCGGUGUCCAGCUACCACUUCAGCUGACAAUGUUCUUGUGUUGUGCCACCAUCCUUGCCAUCAUUCAGUACUGUAACUUCUGCCAGCUAAGUUUUUGGAUGCGCUCAGUGCUGGCCACUGCUACUGGGGUCACCUUGUUGCUAUUGCUUUACAGCACCUUGCACAGCUCAAGUAAUAACAGCUUGCCAGUUCAUGGACUGAACAUCUCCACAUUAAGUGGGGACGGUUCACCCGACGCUGAUGUUCCUCUGCGACCUCACGAUCUUCUGGUGCCGGAGGCAGUCCUUGCCUUCUUUCUGCUUCUUCUCCUGGUCUGGUUUCUCAACCGCGAGUUUGAGGUCAGCUACCGUCUGCAUUACCAUGGCAACGUGGAGGCUGACAAGCACCGCUCCAAGAUCCAGACGAUGCGGGACCAAGCGGAGUGGUUACUGGGCAACAUAAUCCCCAUCCAUGUUGCUGACCAACUCAAGGUGACACAGAGCUACUCCAAAAACCACGACAGCGUGGGCGUGAUCUUCGCCAGUAUUGUAAACUUCAGUGAGUUCUAUGAAGAGAGCUACGAGGGAGGCAAAGAAUGCUACCGGGUCCUCAAUGAGCUCAUCGGUGACUUCGAUGAGCUCCUGCGGAAACCCGAAUUCAAAAGCGUGGAAAAAAUCAAGACAAUCGGCGCCACCUACAUGGCGGCAUCCGGGCUGAACGUUCGGCAGUUGGCGGAGAACGAAGAGGACUCUCCGCAUGCUCACCUGAGGGCGCUUUUCAACUUCGCCCUGGAGAUGAUGGGCGUGUUGGACGACUUCAACAAGAACAUGCUGGGCUUUGGUUUCAAGCUCCGAAUCGGAUUCAACCACGGGCCGCUGACGGCCGGGGUGAUUGGCACCACUAAGCUGCUCUACGACAUCUGGGGGGACACGGUCAACAUUGCCAGCCGCAUGGACUCCACGGGCGUGGAGUGUCGGGUGCAGGUGAGCGAAGAAAGCCACGCUGUGCUCAGCGCCAUGGGCUUGAAGUUUGAUUACAGAGGUACUGUGAAUGUGAAGGGCAAAGGCCAAAUGAGGACCUUUCUGUAUCCUAAAAAUGGGGAAUGCAUGUGCCAAGAUCAAACGGAGGGGAACGCCAGAGUCGGAACGCCUUCAUCUCCAUCCCCAGUCCCUCCUCAUCUACAGAGUGCAGUAAGGCCCAAGAUAGUCGCAGCUCCAUCCACAGAGGCCAGGAAAGAAGGAUAUAGGGACGCUGGGCAGUACUCCACCAAAGACCAUCACUUCCCUUCCACCUCCUCGGAUAUUGUGUCACUCCCCAGAGGUGCACAGUCCCCUGAACUUGAAGAGAACAAUAUGGAGGAGGCUGAUGAGCUGACGACAUUCAAUGAGGAAUUCUAUGCCCGUCUCUGAUCAAACCCUCCCACCCCCUCUCCUGCUUACCUGAGCUGCUAACACUCCAGAGCAGGAUGUCGCCUCCUCUUGGCAAGUUAUGACGAGGAAUAUGGUUGAGGUCGAAGAGGAAAAAAAAAAAACCUCAACGCUACUGGCGUGGUUUAUUGGAAUGAAGUGUUGCAAUGGGCGGAGCCUGUGUUGAACACAGGAGUAAAGAAGGAAGCAAGGGGGGAAGGUGUUCAUGUUUUUGUAUUAUUCACUUUGUUAUUAAGUGCCUUCAGGACUAGAACAGAACAAAUAUGAAUACCGAACAAAGUUUGAGCAAUCUUCGCGUGGCUUUUUGUACCCCCUCCGUAAUACGUAGACUGCUGAAUUCUCUGUGGUUUCGUACGCUUUUACUUUCAAUGCGAGGAUUUUUUUGUAUUCCCCCCCUCACCCCACAAACAGUCAUUAUUGUUGUGCCAUAUCAUUCUAACUUGAUCUUACUUUAAGGGAAAAUCAUUUUGGAUCAAUCAAGUGCCAGCGCAGCGUUAAUAGGCUGAAUUAUGGAAAGAAUAAGGGAAUCACAUGAAGCAGUGUUAACUUUCUCUAUGUAAAUGAGGGCUUUAUACAGUAUUCACAAUAUAAGAGAAUAUGCUUCAAAGCAGGCUGCAUAGAUUUCAUUCUGUUGUGAAUGCACAUUUAAGCACAGGUCUUGCACAAUGUUUUUAUUUCUCAACCACUUGUAUUUAGGGGUGAGAAAGCAUUGACAUAUAUUUCCUGUCACAGUACAUUUAAAAGCACAAAAUUAAAUAUUGUAAAAAAAAAAAAUUUGGGGGAAAAAAGGGAGAUAGUCACCAAAAGAAAAAAAAAAACAGAAGGCACUUUAACUAGACUUGAUACUGUGACCCAAGUUCUUUGUGACGGGCAUGAAACUCUUCUAGACCUGAAAGGCGGCUGUAGAUUUAAAAAUAAAACUUCAGUUAAAAGGUCACUGCUUUUUGCAGCGUCAGCUCUUCUAUACAGAUGAAACUCACAAAAUUAGAAUAUAGGGCAAAAGUCCAUUCAUUUCUGCGAUUCAACUUCAAAUGUAAAACUAACGAGCGAUAUAAACUCAUGACAGUAGGAAGGGGAUUCAUAUGGUCCCAUUCGUCACGGUUGACCUGACACAUGAAACGUGACGAAUGGAGACGGCCACUAUCCACUUUAGCAAACAUUUUGUAGUAGAGUGUUGAAUAUUUUAAAUGUAUUUUAUGGCAAUUCCAACUGUGAACAGAGCAUCAGUUGCUAUGUAGAGUGACGCUUUCCAUCAUUUCCAGUAGACUGUAUUGCAAAAUGAUUAGCUUCCCCGCUUCUUUUUAAGUGAGACCCCCCGGCCCAGGAAUGGGGCCAGGUGAAUCCCUUCCUUACUGUAUAUGCAAAGUGAGAUAUGUCGAGCUUUUAUUCAUUAUAAUUUUGAUGAUCAUGGAUUUUUUGCGUGGGUUCACCCACCUCCAAAAACAUGCACCUGGGGAUAGGUUGAUUGGCAACACUAAAUUGGCCCUAGUGUGUGAAUGUGGUCUGUUUAUCUGUGUUGGCUCUGUGUUGGGGUGGCGACUUGUCCUGGGUGUAUGCCGCCUUCUGGCCGUAUUUAGCUGAGAUAGGCUCCAGCACUUCCUGUGACCCAAUAAGGGACAAGCGGUAGGAAAAUGGAUGGAUGUUUUUUGUUUUUUUUAAACCCACACAUUUCUGGGAUUUUUAAAUCAAGUUUUUCAUAGGCUGUAAGCCAAGCCUGGGCAAUUAUUUUGAUUCGGGGGGCCAAAUUUAGAGAACAUAAUGUGUCUGGGGGCCGGUAUAUCUAUUUUCAGGAAAACUAAUGCAAAACCUCACAAUAGAGUCUGAUUGAAUGCUAAAAAUGUUAUGAGAGACUGCCUUAAAAACGGAAUGGAAUUUAAUUGUUUUCUAUGAACGAUAAAACCCUGAAUAUUGAGAACAUAUGACAUAUUUUACAAUCAAGCCAAAUUCAACAAAGUGAAGUGAAGUGAAUUAUAUUUAUAUAGCGCUUUUCUCCAGUGACUCAAAGCGCUCCACACAGUGAAACCCAAUAUCUAAGUUACAUUUAAACCAGUGUGGGUGGCACUGGGAGCAGGUGGGUAAAGUGUCUUGCCCAAGGACACAACGGCAGUGACUAGGAUGGCAGAAGCGGGAAUCGAACCUGCAACCCUCAAGUUGCAGGCACGGCCGCUCUACCAACCGAGCUAUGCCGCCCCCACAAACUCAGCGAAAUAUGAAUGUGAAGAGUAAAAAAACAACAAAAAACAUCUAUAAUCUUAUAUGUGAUGUAUCACUAAGCUUUAGAACUUUCUUGUAAAAAUCUCCUUCCACGUCUGUCCCUGACUCCCACAUUUUAGGCUGACCGCUUUGGAAACACUUUGUGGAAACUUUUGGCUCCUGUUUGGUGACUCGUCUGACCUGCUGUGACGUAGAUUACCAUAGUAACUAGUAGGAUUGUACGGUAUACGGGUAUUAGUAUAGUACCGCAAUACUAAUGAAUCAUACUCGGUACCAUACCGCCUCUGAAAGGUACCGGUCCGCUACACCCUAAGAUUUAUAUGUAAAAUAAAGCCAAUAAUGCAAUUUUUUCUGGUCCCCUUUAUUCAGAGAAGUAUCAAAGUACCGAAAAGUAUCAAAAUGAUGUUGGUAUCAGGACAACACUAGUCACUAAAAUAUGCAAAAGCGCAGAUUCCAACCAUUGAAAUAUGUUGUAUAGUUCAAGACUUAUGGUCAUUACAAAACAUCACUGCACAUCAUAAUGGCAGCUACACUUUCCAUCUUGAAAGCCUACUGAAACCCCUACUACGGACCAUGCAGUCCGAUAGUUUAUAUAUCAAUGAUGAAAUAUUAACAUUGCAACACAUGCCAAUACGGCUUUUUUAGUUUACUAAAUUGCAAUUUUAAAUUUCCCGGGAGUUUUUUCUUGAAAACGUCGAGUAAUGACGUCAUGGGCUGUUAGGAAAAAUGAGCGCUGCACACACACACAGCUAAAAGUCGUCUUCUAUAACGGCAUAAUUACACAGUAUUUUGGAGAUCUGUGUUGCUGAAUCUUUUGCAAUUUGUUCAACUAAUAUUGGAGAAGUCAAAGUAGAAAGAGGGAGUUGGGAAGCUUUAGCCUUUAGCCACACAAACACAGGGUGAUUCCUUGUUUAAAAUACCUGGAGGUGAAAUUUUACUAUGGAUCACAGCGGUCAAGCGAACAUCGAUCCCGACGAAUGUCAACCAGCAGGUUUCGGUGAGAAAAUUUUGGUAAAAAGUCGCUUCUUACCGGAGAUCAGCUGAGCUUGCCCCGUCCAUAAAGCUGCCGUCGACUUCCCUGAGACACUGGCGUCAAGACACUUGUGGACACACCCCUCCGACUAUCCAAUCCAAUCCAAUCCACUUUAUUUAUAUAGCACAUUUAAACAACAAUAACGUUUCCAAAGUGCUGCACAGCCAUGUUAAAAACAAUUGUAAAAAAUGAAUAAAUAAAAUAAAAUAAAAAAGUAUAUAUAUAUAUAUAUUAUGCUCCACCAAUGACUGAAUAAAAACAAAAAAUAAAUAAAUAUAAAACCAAUAAAAACAAUAUAAAAACAAAUAUGAUUAAAAACUAUUUUAAAGGGUAAAAUCAAUUAAAACAGUAAAAUAGAAAUCAAAGUGUAUAAAAAACACAGAGGACAACAGAGGACCACACAACUCACAUAGUGUUAAAAGUGUUAAAUAUAAUUCACAAUUCACAAAAGCCAAAGAAUAAAAGUGGGUCUUAAGACGAGACUUAAAACACUCCACUAUGGAAGCAGUUUGAACAUGGAGCGGCAGAGUGUUCCAGAUCUUAGGGCCGACCACAGAGAAGGCCCUGUCUGCCCUGGUCUUAAGUCUGGUCUUGGGCACCACGAGCUGGAACUGGCUCUCGGACCUCGGAGCGCGCGCAGGAAUGUAAAUUUGGAUGAGGUCCGAGAUAUAUUGAGGUGCCAGUCCAUGUAAAGAUUUAAAAACAAACAGCAAUGUUUUAAAAUCAAUUCUAAAAUGAACAGGGAGCCAGUGCAAACUCUGAAGAAUUGGGGUUAUAUGCUGGCGUUUCCUGGCCCCUGUUAAAAGUCGUGCUGCCGCGUUCUGGACUAACUGCAACCGGGAGAGAGCUUUUUGGUGACUAUCAUACUAGCAACACAAUAGAAAGAUAAGGGAUUUCCCAGAAUUAUCCUAGUAAAUGUGUCUAAAAACAUAUGAAUCCAUCCCAAUGCAAUCACGUUUUUUUUUCUUUUAUAUUCCAUCGUUAUUAAUAUCCUCAAACAUGAAUCUUUCAUCCUCGCUCAAAUUAAUGGGGAAAUUGUCGUUUUCUCGGUCUGAAUAGCUGUUUUUGUUGGAGGCUCCCAUUAAAAACAAUGUGAAUAUGUGAGGAGCCAUCAACAUGUGACGUCAUCGUCUGCGACUUCCGGUAAAGGCAGGGCUUUUGUGUUAGCGACCGAAAGUUGCGAACUUUAUCGUCGAUGUUCUCUACUAAAUCCUUUCAGCAAAAAAUAUGGCAAUAUCGCGAAAUGAUCAAGUAUGACACAUAGAAUGGACCUGUUAUCCCCGUUUAAAGAAGAAAAUAUCAUUUCAGUAGGCCUUUUAAGAUCUAAAAAAACAUUUGGGAAUGUCCGGCGGGCCAGAUUGAAAAGCUUAACUUAAUUUAAAGCUUAAUUUGCCCAGGUCUGCUGUAAGCCACAAUCAAUCACCACAAUUAUAUUUAAAAGAAAAAGGCUUGAAAUAUCUUGCUAUGUAUGUUAUAAGCCUGUAUUAUAAUGUUAGUUUCACCUUGUAAAUCUAAUUGCUGCAAUAAACUAACAUUUGCACGAUAUUCUCAUGUGAGUUUCACCUGUACAGAAAAAAAUCAUCUCCACAAACCAAGGCAAGAUGCGUGGUAUUGAACAGGUUUCGUGUGGAGAGGAAUAGCACACCAAGUGGGACAAUCAGGGCGGUUCACAUUGGAGCAUCCAAGCACAGACCUUCCAUUUGUUGCCUUAGAUACACACAAAAACUCAUUGAUCAGUCAGUUCUAUUUAUUCCAUAUUUCAGUAUGUUUUACUGUCAUCAAUCUGAUUGAUUUGUUGUUCAAAGUGUGGGACACAGCCUCUUUAUUUUAGGGGGGGGGGGGCUCCACUCUAUAAAUACUUCAUUUUGUGCCACUUUAAUUGCGUGAUCUUCAGGUGCAGUGCAACCUAAACCAGCUGAUUGUGUUGUGGUGCCGAAAGGUAUAAGUGCAUUUGUGGGUAGUUUUUUUUGCUUUUAGCGUGUCAAUAGAUGGCGGUACGGUGGUACCUCGGUUUUCAGGGCAGUGAUUCCUUCCAAAAAAGGUCAGACGAAGACCGAAUCGGACUAAAACCCAAGCAGUUUUUCCCAUACAAAAUCACUAUUGGAAGUUCCUUAAGCCAGUGUUUUUCAACCUUUUUUGAGCCAAGGUGUCAUGUCCUGGUGAUCAUGUUUAGUUUGGCUAUGUUCUGUUGGGUUUUUGGGCUCUGCGAUGAGGUGGCGACUUGUCCAGGGUGGACCCCGCCUUCUGCCCAAUUGUAGCUGAGAUAGGCACCAGCGCCCCCCGCCACCCCAAAGGGAAUAAGCGGUAGAAAAUGAAUGGGAUAGAUGUUUGGUUUUUUCAUUCCCUGCUUUGUUUCCAUGACAAUCCAUUUAUUUUCACCUGUCCUCAUGUCACACACUUGAUUCAUUUGGACUCAUGCACCUGCUGUCAAUCACCACAUCACUAUUUAAGCCUGUAGUUGCCAGGCAGUCAGCCUGGCGACAUCACCUUCUAUACACCCGUGUUAUUCAUACUGAUGAUCCAUCAUGCUUGUCAUGAUCCAGGACUUGGAUCAUGUCAUAUUCUGGUUUUGGUUCCGUUUGGUAUCUUGUUUUGUUAUUUGACUCCCUUAGUUCCCGGUGGCACUUCCUGUUUUGUUUCCGUUUCCUUAUCAACGCAUUUGUGUCACCUGGCUUCUGUUAGAUCACGCGCACCUGCCUUUGAUUAUAUAGCUCCUUAUAUAAACCUGCCUUUGUUUGCCAUUCAUUCUCGGACUUUAGUUUGCUUUUUACGCAACAGGUGACGUCGCUAUCCCGCAUUUUGAUAACUCUUUUGUAUUCGAUUAGCUUCAAUGCUAUUUUGUAUGUUUAUUGUCCUAGCUCACAUGCUAGCAUCCUUAGUUGUGUUUAGCUCCCAUGCUAGUUCAGUUUGUUUUGUUUGUUGGUGCCUUCCUGCAAGUGUUUUUUUCUUAGUUUGUUUUAUAGUAUAAAUAAAUCAUUUCCUUACCUUCACGCUGUGUUCCAUCUCCGCUGCACCCAUGAGAGAACGCAAACAUCACCACGAUGCCACCCAAGCGUCACAAUGCUGCUCUUUAUCAUGCUCUUUUCUCGUUCCAAGUAAGUUUUCUUUAUUCAUGCCAUAGAUUGCACGUUUUGUUUUAUGUCCAUAUUUCUGCCUUUGUGCAAGUUUUUGUUUACACCCUUUGUUUUUGUAGUACUUUUGAAUGUUAAGAUUAAAAGAUGUCAUUACCUUCACACCAUGUCCGAUCCAGUCGCAUUGCACCUCGGGAAAACAAUCCACACCAUAGUCCGAGUCUUGACAGAUGUCACCAGCCUGACUGCCUGGCAACUGCAGGCUUAAAUAGUGAUGUGGUGAUUGACAACAGGUACAUGAGUCCAAAUGAAUCAGGUGCGUGACAUGAGGACAGGUGAAAACUAAUGGGUUGUUAUGGAAACAAAGCAGGGAGUGAAAAAACAGGAACUGACACAAUCCAAAACCCAAACAAAACAUAGCCAAACUAAACAUGAUCACCAGGACAUGACACAAGGCACGUUUUUGUUUUCAUUAAAAAAAUCCGAAGGCACACCACCAGCAGAAAUCAUAAAGAAAUGAAACUCGGUUGACAAUAAAACGUUGUUGUCGCUAAUGUUUGAUAUGACUUUAAACCAGGGGUGUCAAAGUCAAGGCUCGUGGGCCAGAUCCGGCCCGCGAAUGAAUGACCUAUGGCCCCCGGGAUGAUAUUUGAUUAGUAUUAGACUUGGCGGCUGUUUUGCACGCACCAAUACUCCAUCAGUGUUGGCGCUAGGAAUUUUCAAAAUGGGGUCCUCAAGUCAUAAAAAUGGAGUCCCACAGUAAAUUUUUGGGCUCCCACUUUUUAAGUCACCGUUUUGAAAACAAAUGAUAAUUGUAUGCAUUAUCCCAGGGGUGUCCAAACUUUAUCCACUGACAGCCGCACACUGAAAAAUCCAAAGCAAGCGGGGGCCAUUUUAAUAUUUUUUAUUUUAAAAAACACUACAAUGUAUGUAUAAAAAAUAUACAUUUCGGCCUCCACUCAGGCUUGAGCCCAGGGACCCCAAAGGGUUUUGGUCAAAAAAAUAUAAAAAAUGUGUCAUUAUUCAGUAUUAUUAUUUUUAUUAUUAUUCAAGUUUUAAAUCUCUCGAUCAACAUUAGGUCUAUCUGUCAAUAUAAUGAUUUUAAAGAUUUAAGUCGUAUGCUCUUUUUGUCACAAAAAAAUAUGCAAUAUUUUCUCCCCCCAAAAAUUUUUUAAGUGGAAUAUUUCAGAUAUAUGACAAUUGGAGCAUUAAAAAGGUCAAUAACUCAUAACACUAUUGAUUUUAAUUGAUUAUUAUUUAUUGAGCAAUGACACUUAAAAAAAAAUCACACUAAAAUUAUUGGGGCUCCAAUAGGGUCGUACUCAUUAAAGUGUUAAAAAAAUAAAAAAAAUUUUUACUGUUUACUUUUAACACAAUCAUUUCGAGAUCAACUUCAGAUCUAUCCGUCAAUUUUAAGUUUUAUUGUUGUUUAUGUUUUUUGUUUGUUCAUUUUAGGCCCUUUAAAAAACAAAACAGCUCAGUUUUUUAUAUGGCUAACACAAAAUAUGCAACUUUUU